AUGCUCCCCCUUAAGCCAAGGAGACGGGAGCUGCGACAAUUCGAUCUAGAACAGGUCUCCUGCAGGGAGGAGUUUGAUCGAAAGUUUAUUCAUGCGGCCAUCUCGAAGUGGUACGGGAGCAAGGACGCCUUCACCGAGUUCGUGCGUCAGGACCUCCGGCAGCACCUGGAACCUUGUCUGGCCACCCGAUUUCCCAUGAGAUACCUUCUCCUCCUCUCUGCGGCCCAAAUGUCAGUCAGCCUGGAGUUUGUCCUGGCUCUGUGGAAGGGCGGGGCCUCGCCCAACAGCAUCCUGUCCUUUGCCAUCGCGAUGCUUUUGGGGGUGGAUGUCUUUGUUCUUGCGUGCAUCGUUUUUUCGAUCAACUACCUUUCUGAUCGUUUUGCUGCCCGACGCUUUGGCCGCUUCGAUCAUGCGCAGACACUUCUGAUCACGAUACUAAGUGGCGCCAUUUUCCUUGGAGGAAGCUCCCUCGCGCAGGCGGCCUAUGGCUCCAGCCUGGAGCAUUGCAUCCUCUUC